AUGCGUUACACUGAGCUACUUGCCCUCGCCAUGGGCAACCUGGCAGCUGCCCAGUUUUCCACCACUCAGUUCACCAACUCGUCUACCAUCGCCACCAACACUGAGCCGGCGACUGACACUGCCACCUCGGCCAGCAGCACCAGCACCAGCACCAGCGAGCCUAGCCACCCUGGCACUGUCGGGAACUUCAGGUUCUAUGGCUGUGUCGCUUCUGACGACGGCUUCCCGACGUUCGUCCUGGCUGCCGACACUGAGGACAACACUCUCGAGUCUUGCGCCGCUGCUUGUGAGGGUUCCAACUUCUUUGGUGCCUACGACAACACUUGCUAUUGCGGUGUCGUCCUCAGCGAGGCUACCUCUGACAUCCUGAGCCCCGACUCUUGCGACAUCCGCUGCCCUGGCGAUGAGAGCGAGUCUUGCGGUGGCAUCCGGUCUUCCUCUCGUCUCCGCCGCCGCCAGAGCGUCGACAUCUCUGUUCUCCUCAGCAUCUACAUCUCGGUCAACUUCAACCCCGAUGGCACCACCGACACCGUUACCAACACCGUGACUGCCGUCGAGACCGAGACCCUGCCGCCUGUUACCACCACCGCCACUGUCACCACGGUCGUUGACGGCACCACCACCGUCACUACCGCUACCACAGUCAUCGCCGUUGUCCCCACUGAUAUCGUGAUCAUUUGCUACGGCAACUACUGUGCUCCUCAGGUUCACUGCCCUACUUGCACCAAGUGGCAGAUUGUCUGUGAGGAUGGACACUGUGCUCCCCGGGAGUGCCACGACAACAACUGGGACAAGCUUGUCAUCUGCGAGUCUGGUCUCUGCCACUACGCCGAUUGGAAGGAUGAGGAGUGCAACCAGCGCAUCGUCUGCUACGGAUCUGACUGCACCUGGGACCGAACUCCCCACAAGGACUACCAGAAGAAGUUCAUCCGUUAUGAGGACGACUGGUGCUUCCAUGAGGAGUGUACCGAUGAUUGCUGGACAUACAAUGUCUGCACAGAGAACUGUGUCGUCGUGCCCCCUCCUAAGAAGACCCCUAUCACUCCUCCCAAGCCUUGCCUUCCCGGAGACAAGGUUAUCCUUCCUCCUCCUGUCAAGGUCACUCCUCCUUGCAAGGGUGAUCACUGCCAGCCUCCCGUGGUUAUUCAGCCUCCAGUUGAUUGCACCGGCGAUAAGUGUGUUCCCGUCAAGCCCGAGCCCAAGCCGUCCAAGCCAGUUUCUCCUCCGGUUUCCCCUCCCGUCCAGCCCCCUUCAAAGCCCGAGACCCCCGAGACUCCCGGAAAGCCAGAGACUCCCGGAAAGCCGGAGACUCCUGUGACUCCCGAGACUCCUGUGACUCCCGAGACUCCUGGAAAGCCAGAGACUCCCGGAAAGCCUGAAACUCCCUCGACUCCCGAGACACCAUCCAAGCCCGAAACCCCCUCGACUCCUGAGAACCCCGAGGUCCCUGUUGUGACCGCUGGCGCCUCUGCCAUGCUCCCUGCCUCCGGCCUGGCCUUUGCCAUCGCUGGUGUCGCUUUCCUCCUGUAA